UUUGGGUGACAUUAUUUGGAAAUGAUUAUAACAUAGUUCUAAAUGCAAUGUUUGAUAGGUUGAACCAACAUAUGCAUGAAUGGGAAGGUGUACAAGAAUUUGGCAUCCCUUCAAUGUUGUUCCAUUUCAAUGAUGAGAAAGUGGAGCAGCUCAAAGCAUCUGCUAUGGCUGUUUCUUUGGUUACCCUUUGUGGUUCAAUGCCAAGAAGUGAAUGACUAUGACCAAAUUGAUAACCCUUCUGUUCUUCCACUUGUUACUCAGCUUGUCUAUAGUAGACUUUCCAAUUUGACUUCACUUCUCAGCCAGGAAAUUACCACUCACUCCACUUUCUGUGUCAAAGAUCCGGAUGCUGAUUGGAACCAAGCAUUUAAUUUCUCAUCAGAUUUGAGUUUCCUGGCUUCUUGCAUUAAGAAGACUAAAGGAGAUGUCACAAGGCGUUUGUGUACAGCAGCAGAGGUGAAGUUUUACCUAAGCAGUUUGUUGGAGAGAUCUACAAGUUCCAAUUAUUUGAAGCCUAACAAGAACUGCAAUUUAACUUCAUGGUUCGCCGGUUGCGAGCCCGGUUGGGCCUGCAGUGCUCCUUCAUCCCAGAAGGUUGACCUUAGAAAUUCAAAGGAGAUUCCUGCAAGAACUUCUAACUGCCAACCUUGUUGUGAAGGAUUUUUCUGCCCUCAUGGUAUCACUUGCAUGAUCCCCUGCCCUUUAGGUUCCUACUGCCCUCUUGCUAAACUAAACAAAGCAACCGGCGUAUGCGAACCAUAUCUUUAUCAACUGCCUCCAAUGCAGCCAAACCAUAGCUGUGGAGGUGCAAAUGUAUGGGCUGAUGUUAGUAGCAGCAGUGAGAUGUUCUGCUCAGCAGGAUCCUAUUGUCCAACAACAACAAAGACAGUUCCUUGUAGUAGUGGGCAUUACUGCAGGAUGGGUUCCACUUCUGAGAAAAGAUGCUUCAGAUUGACUUCUUGCAGCUCAAACACUGCGACGCAAAAUAUGCAUGCAUAUGGAAUCAUGCUCAUUGCUGCAUUGAGUACUUUGCUGCUCAUAAUUUACAACUGUUCUGAUCAAGUUCUCACUACUAAGGAAAGGAGAAUGGCCAAAUCUAGAGAAGCAGCUGCUAGAAAUGCAAGAAGCACUGCCACUGCGCGCCAAAGAUGGAAAUUUGCAAAAGAUGCUGCUAAGAAAGGUGCAAUCGGGCUACAAGCUCAACUUUCAAGAAAAUUCUCGCGUAGGAGGGAAGAAACAACUCAUGAAACAGUUAUAAUUUUGGAUCAAGCAACUUCUGAAACAGAUGUUAAAUUGUUAGAACACUCACAACCUACUACAAGUUCAUCUGCAAAGUUGAAUGAAAAGGGUAAAGAAUCCAGUGGUUUUAAGCAGAUCAUACAUGAAAUUGAAGAUGACAUUCAUGUUGAGGCCAACUUCAAUGUGAAAAUGGAAGCUAGAACUAAAAAUGUACCAAAAGGAAAACAAUUGCAUACUCAUAGCCAAAUAUUUAACUAUGCAUAUGCUCAGCUUGAAAAGGAGAAGGCUCAGCAGCAUGAAAACAAGGCCCUUACCUUCUCAGGAGUGGUUAAAAUGGCUACCAACAUUGAAAAAAGAAAGAGGCCUUUGAUUGAGAUUUCUUUCAAAGACUUGACUCUUACAUUGAAAGCUCAAAACAAGCCUAUAUUGAGAUGUGUUACCGGGAUUCUUAUAAAUGGAAGGAAUGAAUCAAUCCACUCCUUCAAGAAAAUUAUUGGCUUUGUGCCACAAGAUGAUGUAGUUCAUGGAAACUUGACAGUGGAAGAGAAUCUCUGGUUCAGUGCACAAUGCAGGUUAUCAGCUGACUUGUCAAAACCAGAAAAAGUUCUGGUUCUUGAAAGAGUUAUUGAAUUCUUGGGGCUUCAGUCUGUGAGGAAUUCCUUGGUUGGAACUGUGGAAAAGCGAGGGAUCUCUGGCGGCCAAAGGAAGCGUGUAAAUGUCGGAUUAGAAAUGGUUAUGGAACCUUCACUUCUCAUCUUGGAUGAACCCACUUCUGGUUUGGACAGUGCAUCAUCUCAGCUUCUUUUAAGAGCUCUAAGACGCGAAGCGCUUGAGGGAGUGAACAUUUGCAUGGUGGUUCACCAACCCAGCUAUGCAUUGUUCAAGAUGUUUGAUGACUUGAUACUUCUGGGAAAAGGUGGACUUACUGUCUAUCAUGGACCUGCCAAGAGAGUUGAAGAAUACUUUUCAGGCCUGGGGAUAGAUAUACCGGAGCGAAUCAAUCCUCCGGAUUACUUCAUUGACAUCUUGGAGGGGAUAGUAAAACCUGGUGGUAGUUCAGGAGUGAGGUAUAAAGAGCUACCAGUUAGAUGGAUGCUUCAUAAUGGAUAUCCAAUACCUCAUGAUAUGCAGCAGAGCGCCGAGCAGUACGACUCGUCCAUGAGCAUAAAUUCAGCUAUAGAGGCCAAUGGAUAUGAUCAUGAGGACAAAACCUUUGCUGGAGAUCUGUGGCAUGAUGUGAGAAAUAAUGUGGAACUGCAGGGGGAGAAGAUCAAACUCAAUUUCUUGAAAUCCAAGGAUUUAUCCAACCGAAGAACACCCGGCAUAUUCAAGCAGUAUAAGUACUUUCUUAUCAGGGUUGGUAAGCAGAGAUUAAGGGAAGCUAGGAUCCAAGCCAUAGAUUAUCUGAUAUUGUUACUUGCUGGAGCAUGCUUAGGAACUCUUACCAAAUCAAGUGAUCAAACGUUUGGUGCAGCUGGAUACACCUAUACAGUGAUUGCAGUAUCACUUCUGUGCAAAAUUGCUGCCUUAAGAUCAUUCUCUCUGGACAAGUUACACUACUGGAGGGAGAGUGAUUCUGGGAUGAGUAGCUUGGCUUAUUUUCUCUCAAAAGACACAAUUGAUCAAUUCAAUACUGUGAUCAAGCCUGUGGUGUACCUUUCAAUGUUCUAUUUCUUCACCAAUCCAAGAUCUUCUUUUGCUGAUAACUAUGUUGUGCUGCUUUGUCUUGUGUAUUGUGUUACUGGCAUAGCAUAUGCACUUGCCAUAAUUUUUGAACCUGGUGCAGCUCAGUUGUGGUCAGUACUACUUCCUGUUGUUUUAACUCUGAUUGCAACACAACCAAAAGAUAGUAAAAUUUUGAAGGGUAUAGCAAAUUUAUGCUACUCUAAAUGGGCUUUACAAGCAUUUGUAGUUGCAAACGCUGAAAGGUAUCAAGGAGUUUGGCUCUUAACUCGUUGUGGUUCACUAAUGAAAAGUGGCUAUAAUCUUCAUGAUUGGAAUUUGUGCAUAUCAAUCCUCAUUCUUAUGGGAGUAAUUGGCAGGGCAACAGCAUUUUUCUGUAUGGUUACCUUCCAAAAGAAGUAGUGCCAAUUUUUGUCACAAAAUUUACAAUUUUAAAGAUAGUUUUUGGUGGAGAGACAGAGAUCGAAAGAUUGAGACUGAGAGACAAAUUAGUAUUGUGUUUGGUGUAAAGUGAGAAAUAGAAAUUGAAACAAGAAUGAAAUUUUAAUUUAAUUUGUACAAAGGAUAAAAUUGGAAUUAAUUUAUUGAAAUGAAAGUAUUUUAGGUAUAAAAUAUUAUUAAAGUUUUAGUCUCUAUAUCUAAAAGUUUUAGUCCUCUGUGCCCCCAUUUGUUGGAGGUACUGAAAUACUGAAAUUUUGGAGACCGAGACAUAAAUUUUAGUACCAGUCUCUGAACCAACAAACAUAAUAUUGAGUCUCAAUCUCUCAAUCUUUAUCUCAGUAUCUUAAAACAAACGUUACCUAAUAGCUAUGAUCUAUACAUGUCAAUAUAUCAUAUAAUUUUUUAAUCUCUAUCUAGAGCUUGUACAUUUGUAUUAUAGUGAUGAAAAUUAAUGCCAUGUUUAAAA